AUGCGUUACUACGAACAACGCUACCCGGAGGUGGACGAGCUCGUCAUGGUGCAAGUGCGCCAGAUCGCCGAGAUGGGUGCCUAUGUCAAACUUCUCGAGUAUGACAACAUUGAGGGCAUGAUCCUGCUCUCCGAGCUCUCUAGGCGACGUAUCCGAUCGAUCCAGAAGCUCAUCCGUGUUGGCCGGAAUGAAGUAGUCGUUGUCCUCCGUGUGGACAAGGAGAAGGGCUACAUCGACUUGUCAAAACGUCGUGUCUCCCCCGAGGACAUCACAAAAUGCGAGGAGCGCUACAUGAAGUCCAAGACUGUCGCCUCAAUCAUGCGGCACGUCGCUUCCAAGAUCCCCUCUGUGGACGGUGAGGAGGGCCAUGAGGAGGAUUUGCCCGACGAGAACGCCGCGGCGGGUGGGGCGAACGAAGAGGUCCGCCUCGAGCAGCUGUACGACCAGGUUGCGUGGCCACUCAGCCGCAAAUACGGCCACACCUACGACGCGUUCAAGCUCGCACUCACUGAACCCGACGUCGUGUUUUCGUCGCUACCGAGCCCCGUCCCCCAAGCUGUGCUGAGCAUAUUGACGUCCACGAUCGCCCGCCGGCUCACACCGCAGCCCAUCAAGCUGCGUGCGGAUAUCGAGCUCACUUGCUACACGCCCGCGGGGAUCGACGCGAUCAAGAAGGCGCUCCGCGCAGGCGAGGCGCAGAGCAAUGAAGCCGUGCCCAUCAAGGCGAAGCUUGUUGCGCCUCCGCUCUACGUCUUGAGCACGAACGCGACAGACAAGUAUGCCGCUGUGGACAGGCUCGAGCGUGCGAUUGAGUCGAUCCAGUCGACGAUCGAGGACCAGGGUGGAUCUCUGGUCGUGAAGAUGAAGCCAAAAGCCGUCUCGGAGACGGAAGAGCAGGAUCUCGCGCAGCUCAUGGCAAAGGCGAGCCAAGAGAACGCGGAGGUCUCAGGCGACGAGGACGACGAGGAGGCACUCUGA